AUCUCUGCACCUCACCAGGCAUCAGUCAUGAAGAUCCAUUACCUGCUCUUUGCCUUUAUCCUGGUGAUGCUGUCUCCACUUGCAGCCUUUUCCCAAUUAAUCAACAGUCCAGUAACAUGCAUGAGCUAUGGAGGCUCAUGCCAGCGUUCAUGCAAUGGAGGUUUUCGACUGGGUGGCCAUUGUGGCCAUCCUAAAAUCAGAUGCUGCCGCAGAAAAUAGAUAAAAGGACCAAGAACCAGCAAUGUGAAUAAGUGCCAGAAUUUGCUUCUUCGUGAAUAUGCACAAAACAAACCCAAUUAAAGUUCUUUGAUUAUCUUCUGUAA